AUGGUGCGCAUCACCACCGACCGCCACGCUGCAACCCUCACCACCGGCAUCUCAGGUGUCCUCCACGGCGCCGCCUCCUACAUCAUCGAAUCAUCCCCCGGCCAACUCUUCCCCACCCACUCCAUCUCUGCCGGGCUCAACUACAACUCUGUCGGUCCCCAGCACGCGUACCUCAAAGACACCGGCAGGGUCGAGUAUAUCGUAGCCGACGAUGUGCAGUGCCUGAAAGCGUUCAAGAUGUGCACCCAGCUGGAGGGGAUCAUCCCGGCUUUGGAGAGCUCGCAUGCGCUUUGGGGAGGGUUCGCGCUGGCCACGAGCUUGCCCAAGGACAGGAAUGUCGUCAUCAAUCUGAGCGGUAACGGCUCCAAGGACGUUGCGGAGGUACUUUUGACUCUCAAGAACAAGGAGUUUGCCGACAAACUCGGUUGGCAUGUCGCGCAGUAG